CACGCAUGCGCCUGCGAUUCCGCCGGUUCUUCUCCUAGUCCUACCGCCGGUCGCAAGCUUCCUCAGUCUUCUAUUUGUCUCCCAUGGGCGGCCUAUUCAGCAGGGCACCGAGUGUCAAUACUAUACACUACGCCGAGAAGCCCGUCGAGUUCCGCGUCAAGAAGGACGGCAGCGACCAAGACAAGUGGGAGACAACGUCAAUCAGGGCUUUCAUAGAGUCUCGCUGUCCAAGCUUACUCGCUGGCUUCAAGCCGAUAUGGUGGGGCUGGACAGGUCAUGCCCAGACGGCAUACUGCGUAGCCGGUGACUUCUCCCAGGUCGACAAAGUCGUGUACGACAGGAAAUUGCUCCGACUGAAGGAUGGGGGGACCAUCGGUCUCGACUUCACGCCUCCUGUAGAUGAGCGCACUCUCCCCGAAGACACGCCCACGGUCGUAGUUCUACAUGGCCUCACAGGGGGUAGCCACGAGUCCUACGUCCGCGCGAUCCUUGCCCCGGCCUGCACGCCUGUCUCCGACCGCGGUUUGGGCUAUCGUGCUGUCGUCAUCAAUUUUCGGGGUUGUGCUGGCACGCCUUUGACAAGCCCUCAACUGUAUUCCGCUGCACACACCGAUGAUCUCCGUCAAGCCUUGCUGUACAUAGCACAUUUAUAUCCUAACGCACCCUUGAUGGGCAUUGGAUUCUCGCUAGGCGCGAACGUUUUGACCAGGUACCUCGCAGAAGAGGCGCAAGACAGUAGACUGAAUUCGGGGUGCAUCCUGGCGUGUCCUUGGAACCUGCUGGCCAAUAGCAGGAAGCUCGAAGGAACAUGGUUCUACCGCACCGUUUACUCCAGGGCGAUGGGUGGCAAUUUGGCCCGCCUCUUCCUUUCGCAUGCCGAGGAGCUGGCACAGUUUCCCGACCAUCCGCUGACCAAGACGCUCCCGAUCAUCUCCGCGAGGCAGAACGCCCUGUGCAUUACCGACUUCGACGGCACCGUGACCCGCCUUGGUGGCGGCAGCACUCCUCCCUUCCCCUUCGCAACUGCGGAUGAUUAUUAUACCUACGCUUCUAGCCACGACAAACUCAGAUAUGUGAGGGUACCGUGCUUAGCGGUCAAUUCCUCCGACGAUCCGGUCGUGCACGAAAUACCGAUAGAGAACUCGAGGCACAACGGCUGGGUGGCUAUGGCGGUAACGAAAUAUGGUGGUCAUCUGGGCUGGUUUGCCGAAGGAGCGCACGGGCCGAAGAGGUGGAUUAGCCAGCCCGUCUUAGAAUGGCUAGGCGCUGUCGGAAGCCUGUUGGAGAGGAAGCCACCCAAGAGGCAGGUGAUUACGCAGGAGGAUGGCUGGCUGGUCGAGCAAGGCAGGGAGCAUCUGGGCUGCAAGCCGGUAGAGGGCGGUGACAAGAUUGUCGGAGUGGAAGGGGAGGGCGGACUGCUGCAGGGACUGUAACUGUCGUGACGGCAAAUACUAGAGUUUGGUCGCCAUAGUAAAAAUCGAAUUCCCCGGUAGCGUAC